AUGUGUCCAAGCAUCGGGGACCGUAUUGUCGAUGAGAAAUUGAGAAGGAAUGUCUGCACCAGGCGAGGUUCGGCAAUCCAUAGAACUGAAACUACUACCACUACGUCAACGCUAAGAAGAUCGACAUCCUCUACGAUGGCGACUACGAUGUCAGUGGUGUCUUCAUCGACAACGUUUUCAACGACUGAACGUCCAGCGACAUCUGAUUAUACAACGUCAAAUAAAUUGUCUACCCGCUUAGAACCAACACGCAUGCCUACAACGAAUAUAGCAACGGAUAUUCCUACAACGUUAUCAUCUACAACCACAAACAAUCCAACUAUGAGGAAAACUACAACCACAGAAUCUCCAACGACAAGCGAAUCUACAACCGAAGAAACUUUAACGACAAACGAGUCUACAACCGAAGAAAAUCUAACGACAAAUGAGCCAACAACCGCAUAUGUGCAAACAACUGGUCAUUAUAUUACCAAUGACAUGCAAACAACCACCGUAGCUACAACCACAGAUACAGGAACAACAAUUCGACCUACCACUACAAUAGCUAAAACAAAUGAACCUCCAACCACCACGGUGCCAACAUCAAGCACACCCUUCACUACCGAUACGCCUACAAUUCAACCUACCAAUUCAAAUCCUACAACAAAUGAACCUACAACCACUAAGAUGCCAACAACAAGCAAACCUACCACUACAAAUCCUACAACAAAUGAACCUACAACUACUAAGAUUCCAACAACAAUUCAACCUACCACUACAAAUCCUACAACAAAUGAACCCACAACCACUAAGAUUCCGACAACAAGCAAACAUAUCACUACCGAUACGCCUACAAUUCAACCCACCACUAUAAAUCCUACAACAAAUAAACCUACAACCACUACGAUGCAAACAACAAUUCAACCUACCACUACAAAUCCUACAACAAAUGAACCUACAACUACUAAGAUGCCAACAUCAAGCAAACCUUUCACUACCAAAACGCCUACAAUUCAACCUACCAAUACAAAUCCUAAAACAAAUGAACCUACAACUACUAAGAUGCCAACAACAAUUCAACAUACCAAUACAAAUCCUACAACAAAUGAACCCACAACUACUAAGAUGCCAACAACAAGCAAACCUUUCACUACCAAAACGCCUACAAUUCAACCUACCAAUACAAAUCCUACAACAAAUGAACCUACAACUACUAAGAUGCCAACAACAAUUCAACCUACCACUACAAAUCCUACAACAAAUGAACCCACAACUACUAAGAUGCCAACAUCAAGCAAACCUUUCACUACCAAAACGCCUACAAUUCAACCUACCAAUACAAAUCCUACAACAAAUGAACCUACAACUACUAAGAUGCCAACAACAAUUCAACCUACCAAUACAAAUCCUACAACAAAUGAACCCACAACUACUAAGAUGCCAACAUCAAGCAAACCUAUCACUACCAAUACGCCUACAAUUCAACCCACUACUACAAAUCCUACAACAAAUGAACCUACAACCACUACGAUGCAAACAACAAUUCAACCUACCACUAAAAAUCCUACAACAAAUGAACCUACAACUAAUAAGAUGCCAACAACAAGCAAACCUUUCACUACCAAAACGCCUACAAUUCAACCUACCAAUACAAAUCCUAAAACAAAUGAACCUACAACUACUAAGAUGCCAACAACAAUUCAACCUACCAAUACAAAUCCUACAACAAAUGAACCCACAACUACUAAGAUGCCAACAUCAAGCAAACCUAUCACUACCUAUACGCCUACAAUUCAACCCACCACUACAAAUCCUACAACAAAUGAACCUACCAAUACAAAUCCUACAACAAAUGAACCCACAACUACUAAGAUGCCAACAUCAAGCAAACCUAUCACUACUAAAACGCCUACAAUUCAACCUACCAAUACAAAUCCUACAACAAAUGAACCUACAACUACUGAGAUGCCAACAACAAUUCAACCUACCAAUACAAAUCCUACAACAAAUGAACCUACAACUACUAAGAUGCCAACAACAAUUCAACCUACCAAUACAAAUCCUACAACAAAUGAACCCACAACUACUAAGAUGCCAACAUCAAGCAAACCUAUCACUACCAAUACGCCUACCACAGACCAACCUACGACCACAGAGAUUACUACAAAUGAACCCACAACUACUAAGAUGCCAACAUCAAGCAAACCUAUCACUACCUAUACGCCUACAAUUCAACCCACCACUACAAAUCCUACAACAAAUGAACCUACCAAUACAAAUCCUACAACAAAUGAACCCACAACUACUAAGAUGCCAACAUCAAGCAAACCUAUCACUACUAAAACGCCUACAAUUCAACCUACCAAUACAAAUCCUACAACAAAUGAACCUACAACUACUGAGAUGCCAACAACAAUUCAACCUACCAAUACAAAUCCUACAACAAAUGAACCUACAACUACUAAGAUGCCAACAACAAGCAAACCUACCAAUACAAAUCCUACAACAAAUGAGCCUACAACUACUAAGAUGCCAACAACAAGCAAACCUUUCACUACCAAAACGCCUACAAUUCAACCUACCAAUACAAAUCCUACAACAAAUGAACCUACAACCACUAAGAUGCCAACAACAAUUCAACCUACCAAUACAAAUCCUACAACAAAUGAACCCACAACUACUAAGAUGCCAACAUCAAGCAAACCUAUCACUACCAAUACGCCUACAAUUCAACCCACCACUACAAAUCCUACAACAAAUGAACCUACAACCACUACGAUGCAAACAACAAUUCAACCUACCACUACAAAUCCUACAACAAAUGAACCUACAACUACUAAGAUGCUAACAACAAGCAAACCUUUCACUACCAAAACGCCUACAAUUCAACCUACCAAUACAAAUCCUACAACAAAUGAACCUACAACUACUAAGAUGCCAACAACAAGCAAACCUUUCACUACCAAAACGCCUACAAUUCAACCUACCAAUACAAAUCCUACAACAAAUGAACCUACAACUACUAAGAUGCCAACAACAAUUCAACCUACCAAUACAAAUCCUACAACAAAUGAACCUACAACUACUAAGAUGCCAACAACAAUUCAACCUACCAAUACAAAUCCUACAACAAAUGAACCCACAACUACCAAGAUGCCAACAUCAAGCAAACCUAUCACUACCAAUACGCCUACCACAGACCAACCUACGACCACAGAGAUUACUACAACAUCCAGUACCACAACCGCAGGAUCUGUUAACGAUCCAGUUGGUAUAAUGAAUGCAUCUACAACCGAAUCCAGAACAACAACAAUAAUAACACAAAGAUCUUCUACAGCUGCACCCCCGUCAAUUGAAUGGAAAUGCUCUCAAACCAAGUGCUACCACUUGUACCCCGAUAAACAAAUAUUUGACGAUGCCGUAAGCUACUGCAGCAGCCUUAGCCCUGUGGCGGUGAAUGCCACCGUCACGGGUAACUCGUCAGUGCUCUUCGUUGACUCCGCUGCCGAGAUUAUCAAGAUUGGUAUCAAGGCCAACCGAGUGGAAGAGAAAUGGAGGGAUGCGUCGCCGUUGGACCCAUCAUUAACAAAUGGCAAGCCAGGACAUGCAAUAGUCUCUACACUACCGUCUGUCAAAUAG